AACCUUUCAACAUGGUUUCGUUGAAGUGGCAAAUAAUUUUCCUAACAUUUCUCUUGUAUCAACUGAAUAAUGAGGUGGCAUCUGAGCCAAUGAAGCGCAUUGUGAAUGGCUCGAAUGCAGUUGCUAAGCAAUUUCCCUACCAAACAUUUUUGUAUACAUUUAAGAAUUACGAAUGGUAUGCAACUUGUGGCGGCGUUAUAAUAUCCAGCAGAGCGGUCCUAACUGCAGCCCAUUGUAUUGCUGACAAUGUAGUUGCAUUUAUUAUUUUUAUCGGCGCUGUGAAUUUAACGGAUUCAUUAGAGCCAGGACAACAACGCGUGAUUGUAAAGCGAUCUUAUGUUGUAGUGCAUCCAGAGUGGGAUCGAUUUCAACUCAUCAAUGAUAUAGCCCUGAUAAAGCUGCCUGUCGAAGUGCACUUCAAUGAAUACGUUCAACCGGCCAAAUUGCCAAAUCCAAAGCAUCUAUAUGAUAAUGAAAUGGGAGUUGUUUCUGGUUGGGGCAACACAGAAUCUUCAAACACUGGCUCAGCUGUUCUAAAGUACUACGUAGUCGGCGUUUUACCGCUUGAUGAAUGUGCAACACAGCUGAAAGAAUUGAGGGGGAUCUUCAAGCAUUGUUCCACAAUCAUAUAUUUGUCUAAAGCCAAUAUCAACAUGGCUUUGUUGAAGUGGCAAAUAAUUUUCCUAACUUUUCUCUUCUAUCAACUGAAUGAGGUGGCAUCUGAGCCAAUGAAGCGCAUUGUGAAUGGCUCGAAUGCAGUCGCUAAGCAAUUUCCCUACCAAACAUAUUUGUAUACAUCUAAGAAUUACAAUUGGUUUCCAACUUGUGGCGGCGUUAUAAUAUCCAGCAGAGCGGUCCUAACUGCAGCCCAUUGUAUUGCUGACAAUGUAGCUGCAAUUUUUAUUUUUAUCGGCGCUGUAAAUUUAACGGAUCCAACAGAGCCAGGACAACAACGCGUGAUAGUCAAACGAUCUUAUGUUGUAGUGCAUCCAGAGUGGGAUCGAUCUCAGCACAUCAAUGAUAUAGCCCUGAUAAAGCUGCCUGUCGAACUACACUUCAAUGAAUACGUUCAACCAGCCAAAUUGCCAAAUCCAAAGCAUCUAUAUGAUAAUGAAAUGGGAGUUGUUUCUGGCUGGGGCUACACAGAAUCUUCAAACACUGGCUCAGCUAUUCUAAAGUACUACGAAGUCGGCGUUUUAUCGCUUGAUGAAUGUGCAACACAGCUGAAAGAAUUGACGAGAACUCCUAGCAUUGUUCCACAAUCAUAUAUUUGUCUAAAGCCAAGUAACAGCUCACCUUGUAAAGGAGACUCUGGUGGUCCAUUGGCUAUAAAAAACCCUGAUGGCCAUAGUACUUUAUUGGGUCUUGCAUCAUUUGUCUUAGGACCGUGUGAGACGAAUAGGCCUUCGGUUUAUACUCGAGUCUCAUCGUAUUUGUCGUGGAUAAAAAAUCAUACUGAAAUCUCUGGUUGAUUUUAAUUUUUGUUUACAAAACUAAUAACUUAAUUGUUGAUUCAGAUAAUAAAGUUUUUAAUGACAAC